AUAAAAACAGCAACAACAGACAGGGUGGAGGGAAAAAGCAAAGUGAAGCAUUGAAACUGGGCUUUUGUCGUCUCCUAAUACCAUAUCGUUCUCCUUUUUUCCCCCCCUCACCACUCCUCAACUUGUGUUAAUUAGGUAGCAGAGAAUAAAACCAGCUCCUCUGGAGAGGGGUGGUGCAUUUGGGAGCGAGAUGGCUAACGGAAAGGUUCGGCUGCUCCUCCACGGACUCUUCCUCGUAGCAGCGAUUCAGCCCACUCUGCAAGGAGGCGUGUAUGUACCACCUGGUGCGGGGAUAGGCACUGGACCAGGAACUGGAUUUUUUCCAGGUGGUUAUGGAGGUGGAGGCCAAGGCGGUGGACCAGGAGGUCUGGUGCCAGGAGGCGUUGGCCAGACUGGAUUUGGUAUUGGAGGACUUGGAGCAGGACAAGGAGGGAAAGGACCAAAGCCAGGUUACGGCAAUCUAGGAGCCGGUGGCAGUUAUGGAACCGGAGACCUCGGCGGCGGUGGUUAUGGAGGAUAUGGUGGAGUCCCUGGUGGAAUCUUCCCAGGAGCUGGACAGAAGGCUGGUAAAAGAGGUGCCGGCGGCCAUCUGCUCCCAUUUGGAGGAGCAGGAACGGGAACUGGAACUCUUCCUGCUGGAGGCCCUGUUAUCCCCCAGACAGGCUUGCCAGGAGGGGGUGGUGCUGGAUCAGGAAAAACAGCUUCCAAAGUACCAGGUGUGGGUGUACCUGGGCUUUAUCAAGGUGGAUUGGUACCAGCGAAUGGAUUUGGUAACCGCGGAAUUCUUCCAGGAGUUGCCACUGGCAAUGGCCUCAGUCAAAAAUCAUUUGGAGCAGGCGGACAGGGUGUGCUGGGAGCAGGCUACGGAGGGCAGAUGCAGCCCGGAGUGUUCCGUGGAUACCCUCUGAAAUCACCCAAAACUCAAGGUGGCUUCGGAGCAAAGCCCGGAGGCGGAAAACUUCCCUUUGGCUACGGGGGGUUUGGUAAUCAAGGAGCUGGUCUUCCAGGAGGUAAAGGUGGCCCUGGGUCAAAGCCUGGAUUUCCAAUUGGAACUGGAGUGGGCACCAGUGGCAUCUCACCUGCGCAGGCUAAAUCUGCCAAAUAUGGUUUGGGUGGAGCUGGUGGUUUUGGUGCUGUUGCUGGUGGCGCUGGUGGUUUUGGUCCCGGUGCAGGUGGUUUGGGUGUCGGUGGCACAGGUGGACUAUAUCCAGGGCAGAGUCCAGGAGCGGGCUAUGGACCUGGGUCCAAAGCUGCUAAAUAUGGUGGUGUGCCAGGUGGAGUGCCAGGUGGUAUACCAGCUGGUGUUCCUGGUGGUGUACCAGGUGGUGUACCAGGAGGUAUACCAGGAGGUUUUCCAGGUGGUGGAUAUUUACCAUCAGCCAAAGCAGCUAAAUAUGGAGGUGUACCAGGAGGUGUACCAGGUGGUGUACCAGGAGGUGUACCAGGUGGUGUGCCAGGGGGUGUACCGGGUGGUGUACCAGGAGGUAUACCAGGGGGUAUACCAGGAGGUGUACCAGGUGGUGGAUAUUUACCAUCAGCCAAAGCAGCUAAAUAUGGAGGUGUACCAGGAGGUGUACCAGGUGGUGUACCAGGAGGUGUACCAGGUGGUGUGCCAGGGGGUGUACCGGGUGGUGUACCAGGAGGUAUACCAGGGGGUAUACCAGGAGGUGUACCAGGUGGUGGAUAUUUACCAUCAGCCAAAGCAGCCAAAUAUGGGGGUGUACCAGGAGGUGGUGGAUAUCUCCCAUCAGCAAAAGCAGCUAAAUAUGGUGGUGUACCUGGUGGUGUACCUGGUGGUGUACCUGGUGGUGUACCUGGUGGCGCACUGGGCGGCGUACCAGGUGGUGUGCCAGGGGGCAUACCAGGUAGUGUACCAGGUGGCAUACCAGGAGGUGGUGGAUAUGUACCAUCAGCCAAAGCAGCUAAAUAUGGGGGUGUGCCAGGUGGAGUACCAGGAGGUGUGCCAGGUGGAAUACCAGGAGGUGUACCAGGGGGUCUACCAAUCGGUGUGCCUCGUGGUGUACCAGGAUUUGGUGGAUAUCAACCAGCAGCCAAAGCAGCGAAAUACGGUGGAGUACCAGGGGGUGUUCCAGGUGGCGUAUCCGGGGGUGUGUCUGGGGUUGGUGGAUAUCAACCAGCAGCUAAAUAUGGGGGGGUACCAGCUGGAGUACCAGGAGGUGUACCAGGCGGAGUACCAGGCGGAGUACCAGGCGGAGUACCUGGUGGAGUACCGGGAUUUGGUGGAUAUCAACCAGGAGCCAGUGCAGCAAAAUAUGGUCGUCUUCCUGGUGGCGUACCUGGUGGCGUUCCAGGUGGUGUACCAGGUGGUGUACCUGGUGGCGUACCUGGUGGCAUACCUGGUGGCGUACCUGGUGGCGUACCUGGUGGUGUACCAGGUGGUGGAUAUUUACCAUCAGCCAAAGCAGCAAAAUAUGGAGGUGUACCAGGUGGUGUCCUGGGAGGAGUGCCAGGUGGUGUGCCAGGUGGGGCACCAUUUGCCCUACCAGGAGGAGGUCAGAGAUUUCCAGGCACUGGUCCAUAUUCACCAGCAGCAAAAGCAGCAAACUAUGGAGUUACAGGGGGAGCAGGAACAGGGUUUGGAACAGGAGGACUGGGAGGAGCUGGAGUAGGAGGACUACCUGGUUUGGUAUCAGGAGGAGUUGGAGGUGGACAAUAUGCUGCUGCUGCUGCUGCAAAAGCUGCUAAAUAUGGAGGAGCAAGGGCAGGUUUCGGAACAGGAGAACUUGGAGGAGCAGGAACAGGGGUAGGCAGAGUGCCUGGCUUUGUUCCAGGAGGAGUUGGAGGCGGACAAUAUGCUGCUGCUGCUGCAAAGGCUGCCAAAUAUGCUGGAGCAGGAGCAGGGUUAGGAACGGGAGGACUAGGAGGAACAGGAGUAGGAGGAGUACCUGGAUUGGCACCAGGAGGAGUUGGAGGUGGACAAUACUCUGCUGCUGCAGCUGCAAAAGCUGCCAAAUAUGGAGGAGCAGGAGCAGGGUUGGGGGCAGGAGGCCUGGGGAGACUCGGAGCAACAUUAGGAGGAGUGCCUGGUUUGGUACCAGGAGGAGUUGGGGGUGGACCAUACGCUGCUGCUGCUGCAAAAGCUGCUAAAUACGGAGGAGCGGGUGCAGGUUUGGGUGCAGGAGGACUGGGAGGAACAGGUGGACAAGUACCUGGCUUCGUACCAGGAGUUGGGGGUGGACAGUAUUCUCCUGCUGCAAACGCUGCCAAAUAUGGAGCAGGGAUAGGACCCGGAGGACUGGGAGGUACAGGUGGACAAGUACCUGGUUUUGUUCCCGGAGGAGUUGGAGGUGGACAGUACGCAGCUGCUGCUAAAGCUGCCAAAUAUGGAGGGGCAGGCGCUGGGUUAGGAACAGGUGGAUUGGGAGGAACAGGUGGGCAAGUACCUGGUUUUGUUCCCGGAGGAGUUGGAGGUGGUCAAUACUCUGCUGCUGCAAAAGCUGCCAAAUACGGGGGAGCCGGAGGAGGGUUCGGAACAGGAGGCCUGGGGGGGGCAGGAGGAGGGUUGGGAACAGGAGUAGGAGGAGUACCUGGUUUGGUACCAGGAGGAGUUGGAGGUGGACAAUACAAUGCUGCUGCUGCUGCAAAAGCUGCUAAAUAUGGAGGUGGAGCAGGAGUUGGAGCAGCAGCGGGAGGAGGAGGAGGAAUAGGACCAGGAGCAGUUGGAGGCGCCGUUUCCGGAGUAGGUCUUGCCUUGCCGGGAGCGACACCACACACUGGGGUCAGCGGCCUCCCUGAUGGUUCUGCUCUUGUACCAGGUGGCCCGGGCGAUACCAUUGCUGGAAAGCCACCAAAGGAUGCAGGUCCUUCUGGAACUCCUGUUCCAGGCCCCACCUCUAUUGCCACAAAUGGCAAGGCCACAGAGCUCCCACUGCCCACUGGUACAAAAGGUCAAAGUCCAACCGGUGUUGGUGAUGGUGUUGGCACAGCGAGCAAGGCACCAAAACCAAUUCCACAAGGCACUGGAACAGAUAUUGGUCCAGGCGGAGUAGGUUACCCUUACGGAGCUCCUUAUGGGGUUGGAACUGGUAUUGGAACCGGAACAGGGGCUGCAGUGCUGCCUGGUGCAAAGCCCUUGAAACCUCCCGUCGUGGGGGGAGCAGGAACUGGAGCAGGAAUCCCACUGGGAGCAGGAGGCUAUCAAGGUGGUUUGCUGUAUCCUUCUGCAGUCGGACUGGGUGGUGCCGGUGGAGGAGCGAAAGCCCCCAAACCAGGUUACGGAAAUCUUGGCGGCGGCGGUGGUGGUGGUGGAUAUCAGCCCCAGUCAGGUGGAUACGUGCCAGCACCAUUGACUCCUCAACAAGCUAAAGCAGCCAAGUACAUUGGGAAUCCAUUGCAAGGCUUUCUGGGUGGUGCAGGAGCAGGAGGAGCCUACAGAGGCGGAGCAGCAGCCGCACCGUGUCAGGGCAAAUACUGUGGCAGGAGGAAGUAAAUCCGUUCCUGAGGUGUGACGUGGCCUGAAGAAAAACAUGGUGCUACUGCAUGAACUAGAAUGUACAUUUUAAAACACAAAUGUUUUUAAUGACUUGACUUCAAUGUCUGCUCUUAUGCAAACCCACCGACCAAGAGUUGUGUACUUUUUUUUUUCCUCAUGUGACAUGUAUUGCGGACAGUGCCUUCAGUCGUAAAUGUGUGAACGUCAGUGCGCUCUUAGACCCCCCCCCCCCUCCCCUUUAUGUAGCCGUCUACUUCAAAUACUGUAUAAUGUGCGUCAGCCCGUGCUCAUACCGAUACAGACUUGUAGAACCGUGUGUGGUUCAUGUGGCUCGGACAUCUGGGGACAGAGCGUAAGACUGCUUGAAAAGGUUGCCUGCCAAUGUGACCUGUGCAGGAUGUUCCAGCGCACCCUUUUCAAUCUUGAACCAAUCAAGCUGAAAUGUUGCAGCACACCACCUCUGUAACUCAUGAGAAGGCGGCUUUUGGUGGCCAAAUCGCAACAUCGUCUCCGGGCCCUCCUUCCUCACUGCUAUUUUUAGCCCCAUUGGUUAUAAAGUAGUGGGAAAUGGGACUCCAGCCAGCCCAUCUGUUCUCAUUUGCCCUUUUUUUUCCUGAUUUUAUUUGCCCGAGCAUUUUUAAUUUCGACAAAUGCUUUAUUGAGAUCAGUCUCUAAAAUGGAGUUGCCUUAAACUUUUAUUCUUCCAGUGUAUUUCUGGAAAGUUUGCAUUUUUGCGCGUGAUGCUUUUUCCUCAAGUGUCAUUUCAGGAGUUAUUUACAGUUAUGUAAUAAUGUGCAUUCAAGCUUAUAACUCAUAUCCUAUUAUUACAAUUGUGUGAACAUGCAGUCAGACCAAGCCUUGAUUCAUGAAUCGUAGUACAGAAUAACACUUUUGUUUAAUGGGUGCAUCCGUGCCCCAUUGUUCAUUUACUUGAGCUGCUUUAGAGGAAAAAAAAAAAAAGAGGAAAAAGCUUAAAUGAUCAAAGGUUCAUGGGUGCUGUUGCUGUUCUUUCUGUAAUUGUGUACUGUAUUUUGUACUAAUAUGAAAGUUGCUGGCAUUGGUUCAUCCACUCGGAGCACUUUGAGCCUCACUGGGGCAGAUGUGCCGUGGGAUACACUACAUCUUUAUUUAAAACUAUUUCCAAAAGGAGGAACAUUGUGGUUUUGCACUUUUUAAAAAAAAAAGAAUGUUUCCACACACACGUGCACAGACUCACAUGAGUUAAUAUAUCCUGCCGUUGUAUUAGCAUCAUCAAAUAACAAAAAUAAAAUGUGUUUAAAAACUA